AAAUAGGGGCCUGGACUGGAGCAAAGUCACUUUGGAGCUACCACGACCACUAACAAGGAUUUAUUACCGCGCCUGACUUCGUUGGAUUUAAAACAAAAUCGGACCUCACCUAGUGUCGACUUUAAAGCGCAAAAUGACUUUGAACAAGAGCGACAAAUUGCGGAGCAUGGAGAAGAGGCGAGGCAGCACGCCCGUCCCCACCAACAUGCACCGGAGAAGCAUGCCGGUGGACGACCGGGACCUGCGCGCCGCCACCGGCGUGCGUCAAAGCGCGCAGAACGAGCAGCUGUCCAGGCUGCUGCGCUGCACCUCCUACUCGCCCGACGAGCCGCAGCCGCCGCAGCCGCAGCAGCAGCAGCAGCACCGGGGCAGCUGCGGAUCCGAGUCCUCCGACUCGGUCAUUUCCACCGGCAGCGAGGCGGAGGCGCAGGUGUACAAGGUGGUGCUCCUCGGGGAACACGGGGUCGGCAAGUCCAGUCUGGCGCGCGUCUUCGGGGGAGUCGAGGAUGCUGGUCACGACGGCGAGGAUGCAGGAAACACGUAUGACAGAUCCAUUGUGGUGGAUGAGGAAGAAGCGGCCAUUAUGCUGUAUGACAUCUGGGAACAGGACAACAGCCAGUGGCUGAAGGAGCAGUGCAUGAGGAUGGGCGACGCCUACAUCAUCGUGUACUCGGUGACGGAUAAGUCCAGUUUCGAGAAGGCGUCGGAGCUGCGGAUUCAGCUGCGCAGAGCCCGGCAAUCUGAAGAUAUUCCCAUAAUCCUCGUGGGCAACAAGAGUGACCUGGUGAGGUCCAGAGAAGUGUCAGCAGAUGAGGGAAGCGCUUGUGCCGUGGUCUUCGACUGCAAGUUCAUCGAGACCUCGGCCUCCCUGCACCACAACGUGCAGGACCUGUUCGAGGGCAUCGUCCGCCAGGUGCGCCUGAGGAAGGACAGCAAGGAGGAGAACGCUCGGCGCAUGGCCAGCUGCCGGCGGCGGGAGAGCGUCAGCAAGAAGGCCAAAAGAUUCCUGGGUCGCUUCGUGGCCCGCAAGAACAAGAAGAUGGCGUUCAGGCAGAAGUCCAAGUCCUGCCACGACCUCACGGUUCUCUGAGGAAACCACACGGGACUUGGAUUCUUUCCUUUGGCCUCCGAAGACCCAAUGCUGUGUGGUUUCUUAUUUGAACACUAACGGACUAAUAGAGCUGUACAGAUAUAUAUAUUUUUAAUUUUCAGACACCAUGAUGUUCACAUGCAUGAAGCUUUGACAUAUUUAUUUAUUUUAAUGUCCGCCUUAAAAAUGUGAGAAAUCAACAUUUUUUUUUUUCUAAGAUUCCUUUUUUUUUGUUUUUUUACCGAGAGGGAUUGACGUACCAAUUGUGAUUAUGAACGAUGGUGAAUGCAAACAUACAUCUCAUAAUGGCGUCGCGUCCACUUGCCGGGUGGCGUGCAGGUUCGUGCCUCAGCCAAGUGAAGCGAUGACGUGUUCAACACUUUGGUUUGUGAAGCAAUAAGUUCUAUUUGUAUUGUACACCAGGGGGUCCCCAAAACUACGACCCCCAAAUCCCACCUGCAGGAAGUCCCAAUUUAAUUUUUUUUUUUUAAAUUGUAAAUUAAUUUUUAUAUUUUUUUUAACCUGUCCUUUUCAAUCCAUUUUCUACCGCUUGUUACUGUCGGUGUCUCCCUAUAUGUG